AGCGUAUACUCCAGACAGGAGAGCAUGAUCGGCCAUGAGACGCCUCAUGUCUCAAGGGCACAUUUAACGGCUAAUGAAGCAUUCUUCAGCACGGAGAAACGGAUUCUACUGGCGCUUUAAGCACCCCGGAUUAAUGCGAGUCAUUUAGAGAGCCAGAGAAAGGCCUGAAUCAUUCACAGCAGGGAACUGUUCAAGUGGCCACCUUGCUUUGGACAGGCAUUAGCCAGGAAUGGUGGAUCACUUGCGUCUUGAUGAAGAGACUUUCUUUCCUUACACUUGUUUGCUGCCAGCCCAUAACCCAUCGGAUAUGGUGACAGACGAGGGGGUGUACCAUAUGCUUCCAUCCCCAUUCUCAGACGAUAACCUGAGUGACUCAUCUAGCCCACGUUCCUGUUCCAGCCCUGAGUCUCAGGGGUUGGGCUCUAGUUGUGGGAGUAACUCGAGUGGAGAGAGCCAAGAUGGCCUCCUUGACUUCCUUCACUCUCAGUCCCUAACCUUGAGCCAAAACUCCUCAACCUCGAUAUCUCCCAUGGUUCCUCCUGUCCUUCCAAUGGGGCUGGCUUGGGAGUCACGACGGGACCGUGCCAAAGAGGAGUGCUUUGAGUUCCCUGUUUUCCCUGGAGACUUGGAGGACCAUGCGGGGCUACUGUUUCAGCCCACUCUGGAGGAGAUUGAGGAAUUCCUGGAAGAAAACAUGGAGGUGGUGGCUUUGAAGGAGGAAGCUGGCGAGGGUCUAGUAACCUGUGCAAGCAUCCAAGGAGCUACAGAACCUCGGGCUCAAAGCUUAGACCAAACAGUGCCUGUCUUGAGUGACAUAGUUGAUGCCAACUCUGAUCCCAAAAGUCCCACAGUAGGGACCUCAACAAAUCCUCAGAGCUCGCUGAAAAGGGAGGACUCUUCUGGGAAGGUUGUGAUGGUGGAGAGUCCAAGCAUGCCUGUGAUUCUACAGCUUCAGCCCGUUCAAGUGAAACAGGAAUCAAGCCCUAAAACCCCAUCCCCCUCGUCGCCAACACCACCUGCUUCAGACAUCAAAAUAGCCCAGCUCCUCGUCAACAUCCAGGGUCAAACCUUCGCCCUGGUUCCUCAGGUGAUCCCGCCAGCCAGCCUUAACAAUUCUUCCUCCAAGUUUGUCCGCAUUGCCCCGGUUCCUAUUGCCGCUAAGCCCUUGGGUCUUGGGGAGAACGGGACAGGUGAUGGCCAGGGCACAGGGCUUGUAGUUGGAGGUCAUAAAUUCCAGAAGAGCUUGGUUGCUGAUCUUAUAAAAAUGCACAAGUGUACUUUUCCUGGCUGUGCCAAGAUGUACACCAAAAGCAGCCACCUAAAGGCCCACCUGAGGAGACACACGGGCGAGAAACCAUUCGCAUGCACUUGGCCUGGUUGUGACUGGAGAUUCUCCCGGUCGGACGAGCUAUCACGGCAUCGCCGGUCUCACUCUGGAGUGAAGCCCUACCAGUGCCCCGUCUGUGAGAAGAAAUUUGCCCGCAGCGAUCACCUGUCCAAACACAUCAAAGUCCAUCGCUUUCCACGAAGCAGCAGGACAGCGCGCACUGCACACUGACCCCGCAACACCCCCACCGUGGAGACACAGAGAUAGAAAGAGCAAACCAACCAACGAAAGACUUGUGGUACUGUGAUAAUUUAUUACUUGAGGCUCGGAUGAGCUGAAGAAGAGUUUGUUUUGAAACUGUUACUUGACUCGUCGGCCUCACAGAUGUCGUAAGAUUCGUAGAUUGUAUUUUUGUAGCGUUCGACGAUUGUUUUUUAUGUUUUCGAGAGCAAAUGUAACAUUCAAAGCAUUUUUGUUUGAUGUAUGAAUUGUUGAUGUAUCUGCCCGUCAUCAACAUUCCUUGUUAAUAUCAUGGUAAAGUUGCUUCUUUUUGCCAACAUAACGUGUUUAGCUUCUCUAAACCAAAAAAUCAAACAAACAAACAAACAAACUCGAGUUCAUUUGAACUACUGAUCAUUGGUACCUAGCCAGCACCUUGAUGUCAAAACUACUUCAAAAACACAUUAAAAAACCAACACAGGCGCAUUGUGGAUACAUACCCGUGUCUGCAUUUCUGAAGAGCGCAAAUUAUGCAGCCAGAGGUACCUCUGACUGCAUUUCGUCUUUAAAAUGAACGCAACGGAUUGGUAUGACACCGUCGAUGGCUUCUGUUCACUUUUGGACAUUUUUUCCAGUGUUACCAGUUUGCCCAGUAGCUUGAUGCAUACAUUGGUGAACUUAAAGCACUGAGCAGAGUUGCCUGCUAUGUCAAGUUUUAGAAUGGUUUUAGAAACCAGGUAAAACAAAAGCAAAAAA